AUGCAAAAAACGCUAAACGAAUUAAAAAAGAUUAUCAGGAGUGAGGCAACUAUAAAACGUAAUAUAGAGUUAGAAGAGGAAGUAAGAAAAUUGAGGGAGGAGCGCGAUGAAUCAUAUAAAACACAAGGCCAAAAUGCUCAAAAAUUAUUGGAUUUGACUGAUGUUCUUAACCAGCAUAUAGAAUUAAAUAAAAAAAAUCAAGAAGAAAUAUUAAGGUUAACAGAUUCAAACACGAAUUUAAAUAAAAAAGUAGAUUUGUCAGUACAAGUAAUUCGUGAAAAAGAAGUCAAUAUACAGAUAUUACAAGAUGAAUUAGCAGCUUUACAAUUGGAGUUGAGUAAACUAGAAGAGAAAAUGCACGAUCUUAAAAAUGAAAAUCAUCAAUUAUUACAACAAGUUCACGCUAAAACAUUAGGUCAUCAGAAUGGUGUUGUAUUAGUUAACGAAGAUAAUAAUUCCAGUGACAAUGAUAAUAAUAAUAAUAAUCUUGUCAAUCCUGAAACAAACAACCAUGAUAGCAACAGGAAUAGCAUUAAUGAUAAUAAUAAUGAUUCACUAAAAGUUAUAUUAAAUUCUGAAAAACAGAAUCAUAAUAAUCAUAAUCAUAAAAUAAAUCAAAAAAUAUCAAGCCCUCCUACUGUUGUUGAUUUAAAUAUAACUGCACAUGAUGGUGAAAUACACACAAUUGCAUCAACUGUUGAUGGAAGUAUGUUUGCUACAGGAAGUGCCGAUAAAACAAUUAAUGUAUUUGAUACAGAAACAGGGAAUGUAAAACAGACAUUAACAGGACCACAUCAAUCUAUAAUGCAUGUGUCUUUUAAUAAUACAAACGAAGCAAUUGUUUGUGCAUCAAGCGAUAAUGUUGCUAGAGUUUGGUCAUUAAAUACAGGCAGAAUAGCGUUUACAUUAACCAGUCAUUUGGGUAAAGUUUAUUCUGCCAGAUUUAAUUGUGACUCUACCAGAGUUAUUACAGGAAGCCAUGAUAGAACUAUAAAAGUGUGGGAUAUUCAAAGAGGAUAUUGUAGUAGAACAAUUUAUGCAUAUUCUAGUUGUAAUGAUGUGGUUUCAUUAGAUGAUUACGGUACAACACUUGCAAGUGGACAUCUUGACAAUAGCUUACGGUUUUGGGAUGUUAAAUCUGGUAAAGAUAUAAAAGAAUUGACAAACAUUCAUCUUGGACAAAUUACAUCUGUUUGUUUAUCACCUGAUCGUACGAAAGUGUUAACAAAUUCUCGUGAUAAUUCACUUAAAUUGAUUGAUCUAAGAACAUAUCAAAUUGAACAAACUUUAAAAGCUGAUGGAUACAAGACUGGAGCUAACUGGGCAAGAGUUUGUUUCAGCCCCGAUGGGAAAUAUGUUGCUGCUGCUGGAAAAUUUUCAACACCUGUAACUUAUAACGAUGAUGAUUUAAAUGCUAAAGCUGAUGUUAAAAUGAGUGGAUAUGAAUUUGCUGCAAAUAUAAUGUUGAGCGUUAAUUUCUUGGUUUCUCUAAUUAAGAAGAAUUGGCAAAAUGUUAAACGAUUUUUAUGUGGCUUGGGAGAUACAAUAGCUCAACAUGUUGUUGAAAAACGAGGAAUUAAAAAUCAUGAUUCCUAUAGAACAAUUAGAAUCGGAGGAUUUGGUCUUUUGAUAGCUGGACCUGUACCAGCUGUUUGGUAUCGUAUACUAGAUCGAUAUGUUAAAUUUGAAAAUCCAAUAACUGGAUUGUUGGCACGUGUAGCACUUGAUCAAAUGGUCUUUGCACCAACUUUUAUAGCUGGUUUUUUCCUAAUUCAAGGAAUCUUGGAGGGUAAAACUAAACUUCAAUUAACUAGAAAACUUGAAAAAGCAUAUUUACCAGCAUUAUUAAAUAGUUAUAAAAUUUGGCCAAUCGUACAAUUAAUUAAUUUUCGUUUUGUACCAUUGGAUCAUAGAUUGUUGGUGGUUAACACUGUAGCGCUUGGAUGGAAUACUUACUUAUCUGUUACCAAUAAUAAAGUUCAAUGA